UUCAUUUGACGAGAAAACUUUAAGUUUUAUCGCCUUGCCUCUCUCUUUCUCUUUCAGAAGCAGAAGCAUUCUUCUCAAUUCAGGAAGAGAAGAAUUCUAAUUUUCUAACCUUUCUUCUUCUUAAAAAUGGAAUCGAAAUCCAGCUGAAACCCUAGAAAUUUGUGUUUCAGAAAUUCGGGGGAAAUCUAAGCUUUCUUCUUCUCACUGUUUCAAUUACAACAAAAACCCUAAAAAAAAUUGUUUUAAUCCGUGGAGCAAAAACUCGUUUCCUCUAUAGAUCGAAGCCUUUUGAAGGUAUUAGAAACAAAAGUGGCCAAUUAGUUUGAGUUGAACUGGAGCAAGCAACAAAACGGGAGAAGUUCCAUUGCCGGGAGAAAACUGUUCCUCUUCUUCCCCAUUAGCAUCUCUUUUUCCUAGCCCUAAUUGCUUCCAGCAUAAAUAGAUAAGAGUUGGAUGCAAAAAGCUAGGGGUCAUUGUGACUACAUUCGUGGUUGCGAUGAGUUUUGACAUUUGCUUGGGCUCAUCGUACUGCUGAUUUGGGUGAGAAUAUCUACUGCCCGUGUAUCUCCUGCAACAAUGGUAUCCCAAGGUCUAGACAAAUGGUGAGAAAGCACAUAUUGCAGUUGGGAAUAAAGCGAACUUACACAUGUUGGAAGAAACAUGGGGAGGCAGAAGUGAAUGUUAUUCAUGAUGAGGUUCCAAAUCCUACAGGGGCAUGCCCAAUUCAGAUGGAGAAAGUCUAGCAACGGAUCAAAAUAUUCCAAAUGCAUUGGAGUCUUGCUUACAACCUCUCGGCGAUUCGACUGGAGACUGCAUUGGGACGAACAACGAAGGGAAGAUAAGGAAUGGUUAUGGGGAGAACUUAAGGAUUUAUUCGAGUUGGAUGAAAUCCGUAAGAAACCUACCUUGCAAAGUAUCUGCUCUGGUGUAUUCAGGAACAGAAAGGCAAAAUGGAAAGCAGCUGGCUUUGCACAGUACAAAAAACAUGAAGAUCAUAUUAGACAUAAGCCUGAAAUGUUAACUGAAAAGGAAUUGGAGGAUCUGGUGACAUUUUGGUCCGAAGAUGAAGGACAACAGGUAUUGUCUGAGCGUAACACUAUUAAACGAAGUCAACAAGUUGUUAAACACAUAGGGGGUAAAAAGAGUAUCGCAAGAAGCAUAGCCGAAAUGACCGAGAAAAAUGGUGGGGUUCCGCCAACUGAAGGUGACAUCUUCAUCAAAUAUCAUACAAGUAAGAAGUCCAAAAAGGCUAAGAACCCAGUUUCUGAAGACUUCAUAGUACAGAUGAGAGAACGAGCUGGCUUAGAUGAGAAUGGCUUCGAUGAGAAUGAUGUGAAACAAUCUAUCCCUGAUUAUAUCUAUAAGGAAGUAGUACCCGCAGCUACAAGACAUCGUAAACGUGCAAGAGUUGUAGAAGAUGGUACCACGUCGUGCGCUAGUUCUGGCUAUUCUUCUAGAAUAGGAGAGUUGGAGCAACAAGUGGUUGACUUGAAGGACAUAAUUUUUGAAAAAGACAAAGAGACAGAGAGAAUCAUUGGAGAAUUGACCAAGGAAAAUGAUAGAAGAUUUAAGGAGUUUGAGAAGAGAAUGAUGGAUAAUGUAGCCUCCCUUGUGUUCAGACCAGAACAGUUUUUCAGACCUCAAGAGCAAGUAUUCAUACCUCAACAUCCACUCUAUAGGGGUGCAACAUCAGAUCCACUCUAUAGGGCUGCAAUUUCAGAUCCUUUCUAUAGGGCUGCAACAUCCAGCUCAGGAGAACAUGGUUGCAGCUCUAGAUUGCAUUGAACACUCGUAUAGAUUAGCUACAGUUGGAGAUCGGAUAUCUAUAUGGCCCGGAUUGGCUGGAAGAAUCGAGUAUUUUGAUGGAGUAUUAGGUUCAAGAACAUAGUGAUGUUUGCUUUCGGACCUUCUUCGUCUUUCCUUGUCUUCUUUUUUUGGUUUUUUUGAAGCCAAUGUGACUUAUAAAAUUUUAAUGUUAGAAAUCAAAUUAUUUUGAAACUACUGUUAUUAAUUAAAAUUAAAAUUAA